GAAUCCGCAAAUGGCGCUCGGCCAUGCCCAGGAUUUGUCUGACACAGAUAGGUGACUUUCCAAGAAUUUGGGGGUUCGCUAUUGAGAAUAAUGGAUUGAGGUGAGAAUGAAGCAUGUAGGGGGGGGAGGGAUGGUAUGUUGAUGGAAGUGUAUAUAUUCAUCGAUGUUUCCCUCCUCAUUUCCUCCUCAUCAUUCAACUCAAUCAUACAAUCAACUACCAAACAACCAAUCCAACAACAAGCAAUCUACACCUCGCUUCCUUCCAGCAACAUAACAAUAUCUCACAUUUACACCCAACCAAUCACAACUCACCACCAAAAAUCACUAUGUCUUCCUCUUCCGCAACUCAACAACCACGUCUUGACCGUGCCUACUCUACCUCAUCCGCUUCCUCCAGCGGCUCCAACGAUGGAUGGCUCAUUCUCAACGGUCACAGCGCCUCUACAGUCACUACACCCAGCGAAGCAACCGAUGCAUUCAACCCUUACCUUCAGCUCGCUCCAGUCACCCGUGGUGCAUCAACUGUGAACCAAAAAUUCAGAGCUACAGAGAAUGCAGAGGACAGACAAAGAUUGUUCUUGUUGAGAGCAAGAGACAACUAGAUUUCUGGGGCUUAUCGCGGAGUAUGGGAUCUGGAUACGAUGAGAUGGCAUCGUACUAGUGGCUGGAUAGGAAUUCAAUAGAGGUGGAAAUGGCUGUUUCUCAAAUCACAGAAAGAAACAGGGAAACUGGCGAAAAUUGGUUUGGUCGUUUUUGUUGCUGGAUUGAUAGUCACUUGGGGUUUUGGUCUGGGAUGGUCUUGUUUGAAGCGUAGGAGUAUCAUUAUUCUUUUGACCUAUGGGUAUCGAAAUUAUAUGCACUAUGAUGGAUAAAUCAGAAUAGAAAAAAUUAUAAAAUCAUAACGUUAAAAUCCUUCCCCGCGUGAUCA